CAUUAACUUAAAGCAUAUGACAUCAAGAGAAAAAUCGAGACUCAAGUGCAAUCCUGCACAAAGGAUGCUUAUAUUCCUUAGAAGUAAAUGGGAUUUAGGUUGCAAUCCUGAACACAAGAGAGCAAAAUCUCAGGAGGACUUACUUCAGAAUGAAUAUAUGUAAACAUGUGAUUCAUUAAUCUGGAGGAGAGGUGCAUAUAUUUGUAGAAAUGCCUUUUACAGAAGAAUUGGGUGUGUUGUUUUUGUCAUGGAAGUAUCAAAACAGCUGGAAUCGAAGAUAACCUUAUUUUCUUAAUUAAAAUGGUUGGAGGAUUUUAGUAACUCUCCGAGAUUAAAACAAGAUCCAGCGGUACAUCUCCAUGUCUUCUGCCCUUUGGGGUGUCCUAUAUUUGAUGCUGGUUUGCCGUUUUGGACUGUUUUCUCGGAAGCAAGGUCAAGAAGAGUUGAGUGCCGCCGAUUAGUCUCCCAGUGCCCUCAUUGCUCACUUCCGUGUGGUUUUCUCGUCUUCGUCUUGUCAGCCUGGGGCAGAGCACUAGCAGAGUUGUGGGAGAGGCGGAACUCCCAAGGGGCCAGUUCUUUUUCUGCUCCUGUCUCAGGACGAGUAACCCCGCAGCAUUGUGAUUCCUUCUGCUUUUUCUGUUAGCAGGAUUUCCCAGCAUACCGACAACAAAGCUACAUGCUCCUCCUGAAAACUGCAUUUGGAGGGUUGGGGGAAGGAGAGCGGGAGCGUUGCUGCAUUCAGGAAAUGAAGCAGGAAGCCUGAUUGAAAGCUGCACAUACAAAAGCCUGUGGAACUAAAAAGAAGUGACAGAAAUCAGGACAAUUGAUGGAGGAGGAGGAGGAGGAGGAGGAAGGCUAUUUCAGGGAGCUGCUGCAUGCAGUUAUCUGUUCUGAGCUGUGUGACAACCAGGCCCCUGCGCAUCUGUAAUUAUCCAGCCAGACUGCAAAGCCUCCUGCUGCGCUUGACAGCACUCCAGCCCACCUCCAUCUGUGGAGCAAUGGCGCUCCGGACUGUGCUAGAGACUGUCGAAAGUGGGGAACAAGAUACUAUCCUCAAAGUGCUGCAGAUCUACAACCAGGAGAAAUCUCAGUGUUUCACCUUUGAAGAUGAGGGUCAAGAAGAAAGGAAGAAACUGGCUGCACUUCUGAUCAAGUUUUUGGAGAGGGUGCUCCAGCCAUCCUGCCAGGUCACAUGUUUGGAAAGCAUCCGAAUCCUUUCCCGGGACAAAAGCUGCCUUGGCCCCUUCACAACCAUGGAAGGCUUGAAGACGCUCGCUAGGCAUGCUGGGAUAGAUUACGCAGAAGAACAGAUUCUAGAGGUCCCAGACUUGGAUGUGAUUCUGGAGGCACUCAAGUGUCUGUGCAAUAUUGUCUUCAGCAGUCCUCGGGCUCAGGAGCUGACCUCUGAAGCCCGACUCGUGGUGGGCCUCACGGAUCGCAUCAAACUCUACAAUGAAAGAAACCUCCCCCAUGAUGUCAAGUUCUUUGAUUUGCGUCUUCUCUUCUUACUGACUGCACUAAGGGUGGACAUCCGGCAGCAGUUUGCACAAGAACUCCGGGGCAUUGGUCUGAUGACAGAUACCCUGGAGCUGACACUGGGAGUGAAGUGGCUAGACCCUCAUGAAGUAGCUGCUGAGGGGAACCCUUCCCUGCCUUUACCUCGACAGGAGGCAGAGCGUGCCAUGGAGAUCCUGAAGGUGCUCUUCAAUAUAACUUUUGAUACCAAUAAACGGGAGGUGGAUGAGGAAGAUGCUGCUUUGUACCGCCGCUUGGGUGCCCUCCUUCGUCACUGCCUGAUGAUUUCAGCUGAUGGUGAGGACCGGACAGAGGAAUUCCACAGCCACACAGUCAACCUCUUGGGCAAUCUGCCCCUCAAGUGUCUGGAUGUCCUGCUGUCCCCCAAAGUGCACCCAGGCUCGCUGGAAUACAUGGGAGUCAACAUGGAUGCUGUCAAUGUUCUGCUGGAUUUUCUUGAUCGACGUCUUGACAGGGGUCACAAGCUUAAGGAGAGUCUGACCCCUGUGCUGAGCUUGCUGACUGAGAGUGCCCGGGUCCAUCGGCAGACAAGGAAAUUCCUUAAAGCUAAGGUCCUCCCACCAUUGCGUGAUGUGAAAAACAGGCCCGAAGUGGGGAAUCUAUUGAGAAAUAAACUUGUGCGCCUCAUGACUCACAUUGACACAGAUGUGAAGCACUGUGCCGCCGAGUUCCUCUUUGUUCUCUGCAAGGAGAGUGUGUCACGGUUUGUGAAGUACACAGGAUAUGGGAAUGCUGCUGGGCUCCUGGCAGCACGAGGCCUCAUGGCUGGUGGUCGGACGGAAGGAGAAUACUCUGAGGACGAAGACACUGAUACAGAGGAAUACAAAGAAGCAAAACCCAACAUUAACCCUAUAACUGGUCGUGUGGAGGAAAAACUUCCCAACCCAAUGGAGGGGAUGACUGAUGAGCAGAAGGAGGUUGAAGCAAUGAAACUGGUGAACAUGUUUGACAAACUGUCCAGACAGCACGUCAUCCAACCAAUGGGGAUGGGUUCAGAUGGCAACUUAACCUCUCUCAAUUUAACCUCUAUGGAUGAAGCUGUUCAUCAGAUAGCUGAGGAGAGGUUAUCAUCUGACUCAGAUUUGGAAUUGGACUGAACCAAGCUUUCCUGUUCCUUAACCUAUGAACCCUCCACUCUCCGCCCAUAACAGGUGCAGUAUCAGAAGAUCAGUCCAAGAAAGGAACCUCCUUGGGUUGGAUCUCCACUGCCCGGACUGGUAUAAUACCUGCCUCUUCCUUAGCUCUGUAAACAUUCCUUUCUCAGAGAGCUCUUUACAGCUUGGUUCUGUCUUGAUCUCUUUUCCGCUCAGUGUCAUGGGAGUCUCACACACUUAUUCAUUCCCAGGACCUUCUAGCAUAAAUUUGGUGAAAGUUGGGAAGGAGAGAAAGGGGAGGGCUAUCUCCUUAUCAUACCAAGAAGGUUUGUAGCACAUGGAGUGUUGUGAAUGCCCAUGGUAUGAGAAGAAAGGUAGGGGUAUGUGUGUGUGUGUGUGUGUGUGUGUGUGUGUGUGUGUGUGUGUGUGUGUGCGCGCGCGCGCGCAGAUGGGAAGGGAUGUGUUGAUACUUGUGCCAAGCAUAUAAUGUAGCAACCAUGCAGUGUGGUGGUGUCGUAAGAACAUUUGGAUGCUCUGGGCAAAUGUGAAUGUGUGUCUGCAGGAAAUAGGACUGGGACAGCGAGGAAUAUGUAAACAAAGCUAAAUUUGCUUCUUCUUUUUUAAUACAUGUGAUAAGUAAAACUAUGUGCAUCUGGAGAACAUACUGGUGAUCAGACAUAUAUUAGGCAGUCCUCUUUAAGGUGCAUUAUGGAUGUAUAGAAACAUGCAGAUAGGAAGUACAUGCAUUGUUGAAAUAUUUACAUGUGGCGCAGGAGUUGGAAAACAUGUAUAUUUGGGAUAUGGAGAUAUGUGAGAAAGUCGGUGGUGUCCUUUGCUCACAGUAACACUCACAUUGAUAUUUGCAGAUAAUUUGGGGCCAGAAAGGCUCUGAUCCCUAUAUAGUUUGACACUGUGCUGUGUUUUUCUUUUCAUCAUGUUUAGUUUUUUUUUUUUAAUGCUCUCACUCUUUGUGCUCUUCUAAAUUGCACUCUACAAAUAAUUUGCUUCAGUUCCCACAUUUCCAUAGCCCUCUGCAUUCACAGGUUGCUGAUGGGGUGCUUUCAAUCCUCAGUCUGAUUUUGGACUUUUCAGUUUAAAGAAGCACUCCCAUUUUCCAGCUUGUUUCCACUGUACCACCCGUUUCUGAACGUAGCUCAAAUAUAAACAAAAGAUUUUCACUAGAAUAAAAGAAAUCUUCAGAUAA